ACAUCUGUAAUUUUUAUCAGAUAUGUAUUCUAAAGAAGAUAUUGAAAAAAAACGUCAGCAGGCUUUGCAGCGUAAGAACCAAAGAGUAUUAUCUUAUAAUAAUGUAAAUACCGAAAGUAUAGGUACAUCAAGAAAUGUUUCAAGUAAUCAAUUAAUACAAAAUAAUACAGCAAAUUCAAUUACCAAGAUUUCAAAUAAUUAUAAAAUUAAAGGUUUAAUGCCAAAUUCAAAUAAAUUACCUGUUUAUAGAAAUUAUGAAGGUAAGAGUCGGAGUACAAUUAAAUUACAAUCAACGAAAAAUCGUUUCAAUCCAGUAGCAAACACUAGUAAAUUCUAUAAUAUUAUGCCUAAGUUGGAAGUUUGUUGUUCCAUGAUUAGUAAUACCAGAUUUACCGUCGAUAUGAAAGUAUUUAAUACAGAUUUAAUAGAUUUGUUUAAGACUAUUCCAAGUAAACUAUACAAUUUUACAAACAAAACAUGGAAUUUUCAUAUUUCCGAUUAUGACAUACUUAGAGAAAAAGUAAUUGGUUUAAAAUCUGAUAUUGCAUUUAUAGGCUUGCCAAGCUUCCUAGUGAAAACUUUUCAAAAUUUAUUAUUACAAGAAAAAGAGCCUAAAAAAAUUGUGGACUUAUCCGAUGUUGACGCAACUUUAUUGAAUUCGUUGUAUCCGUUUCAAAAACAAGGAAUAGAGUACGGGAUAUCAAUGAAUGGAAGAUGUCUUAUAGCAGAUGAUAUGGGACUUGGUAAAACAAGACAAGCUUUAGGAAUUGCUGCUUAUUAUAGAAAAUAUUGGCCUCUAUUAAUAGUUACUCCAUCUUCUUUAAAAUAUCAGUGGGUAGAAGAUAUAAUUCAAAAUUUACCAUCGGUGCCUAUUUAUUCUAUACAGCAUAUAAUUACCACCAAAGAUAAUAUUGAUAAAAGUCAAAUUAUAAUUGUAUCAUAUGAUUUACUCAUAAAAAAAAUUGAUAUGUUUGCUGCACGAAAAUAUGGUGUUAUUAUUUGUGAUGAGUCGCACUAUUUAAAAAGUGGUAAAACGCAAAGAACAAAAGCAAUACAACGUUUAGCUAAUUCCCGGCAUUUAAUUUUAUUGACUGGUACUCCAGCAUUAUCUCGACCAAUAGAGUUAUAUUCGCAAAUAAAACUAUUGAUACCAGGUUUCAUGAGUUACCAAGAGUUUGGAAUAAGGUAUUGUGGAGGUGUAAAAAGAACAUUUGGUUGGGAUUUUUUAGGCUCGACAAAUUCUAAAGAGUUGGAAAUAUUACUCAAAGCUUGUUGUUUAAUUCGAAGACUUAAAAGUGAAGUUAUGCUUGAAUUGCCAUCAAAAAUUAGAGAAAAUGUUGUACUUGAUCCACAGUUAAUAAAAUACGGAACAGAAGAAAUGAAAACCGCUUCUAAAAAUUUGGAACGCAGUUUGGAUAGUCUUCAAAAAAAAAAUGCUCUUUUACAGUAUUACGCUGCAACGAGUAAAGUUAAGGAGAAAGCUGUUUGUAAUUAUGUUACUGAUUUAAUUGAAAACCAAGAAAAAUUUCUCAUUUUCGCUCAUCAUCAAAAUAUGCUAGAUGCCAUUUCUAAUCUGUUAACGUCAAAAAAAAUUCUAUUUAUACGCAUCGAUGGAAAGACUAACUCUAAUCAAAGAAAAUUUUAUGUGGAUAUGUUUCAAGAAGAUGAUAAAAUAUUGGUAGCAGUUUUAUCAAUAUUAGCUGCUAAUGCGGGAAUAACAAUGACAGCAGCGAGGCUUGUUAUUUUUGCUGAAUUAUCAUGGAAUCCUGGAAUUCUAGCUCAAGCGGAAGAUAGAGUGCAUCGAAUUGGUCAAACUAGCAAUGUUGUAAUUCGUUAUUUACUUGCAAAAUCUACAGCUGACGAUCACAUGUGGCCAGCAAUUCAGAAAAAAAUUAAUGUAUUGAACGAUGUUGGAUUAGAUCAAAAUUUUGAUUUACAUGAAGUAGACACAUCAAGUCAAUCCUCGGUUCUUUUAAAUCAAGAGAAGUUAGAUAAAUACAUUAAAGUAUCCUCAAAUACUACAUCGAUAAAUUCAUCGAGUCUCGAUGAAACGGGAAACGCUACUCUACAUGUAAGUUUUGAAAGCAUGAGAGACCUUUUGGACAUAGAUGAUGAUGCAUUCAAUGACGUUAAUUUAACUGAUAUUACCUAAAUGAGAUAAAACGUAUUUUAAUAAUUAUUUAUUUUCUGAAUUUGUAAAUUAUAAUUAUUCACUGAUAGACAAAAAUGGCAUGGCAAUUUUU